AUGGUGUACAUACGACAGGACAAGCUACCGAAGCUCAGGGAGUACAAGUACUCUGGCGUGGAUCAUAGUCUGCUUUCGCAAUAUGUUCUCAAGCCCUUCUAUUCUCAUGUGGUCAUAAAAUGUUUUCCCAUGUGGAUGGCACCCAACCUCAUAACUCUUUCUGGUUUUGGAUUCGUCAUAGCCAACUUUCUUACCCUGCUCUGGUAUACACCAACUCUCGACCAAGAUUGUCCGCCUUGGGUAUACGCCAGCUGGGCGAUCGGACUCUUCCUUUACCAGACGUUCGAUGCUGUAGAUGGAAGUCAGGCCCGAAGGACCCGCCAGAGCGGGCCUCUGGGCGAACUCUUCGAUCAUGGAGUCGAUGCGAUCAAUACGACAUUGGAAGUUCUAUUGUUCUCUGCAACGAUGAACCUUGGCCAAGGCUGGAAGACAGUUCUUACGCUAUUUGCAUCUUCGCUGACCUUUUACGUGCAAACGUGGGAUGAAUACCACACACAUACGCUGACUCUCGGAGUAAUUUCCGGACCAGUUGAGGGUAUCAUAACGUUAUGCAUCGUGUAUGCCUUAACAGCCUACCUUGGUGGGGGUAGCUUCUGGCAACGCUCCAUGAUCCAAAGUCUCGGAAUCAAAGAAGGUAUCAUCCCGGAAAUUUUCUACAACAUGGCAUGGAAUGAGUGGUAUAUGGUCUAUGGAGGUGUCGUGCUCGUGUUCAACACUGUUUCGAGCGCACUAAACGUAAUGAAGGCACGUCGUGCCCGUGGUGAAAAGACACGCGUUGCUCUCCUCGGUCUCCUCACCUUCGGCUCCGCCUGGGUCCUUAUCGUUGCAUACCUGUACCUGCAGCCGAUGAUCCUGCACCACCACUUGGUACCUUUCAUCUUCUACGCGGGUCUCAUCAAUGCGUAUUCGGUCGGUCGCAUGAUCAUCUCUCACCUCACGAAAUCACGUUUUCCGCGAGGCAACGUGCUCAUGUAUCCUCUGAUAUACGGAGUCAUCGACUCGCUCGGACCGUGGCUGCAGGAGCACAUUGGAGUGGGCUGGCCAAGUGCCCUAGGCAACGAUGUUUACCAAGUCGCCUUUGUGUUCAUGUGCUUAGGCCUCGCUAUGUCAAACUUGGGGGUCAACCUGGCUGUGACUAAAGACGGUGAGACCUACAACAAACUACAGCGCCCUGACGGUUACCUUAUAUCGACACAGCCACCUCCAACGAGCCCUCCGGCAGCUGCUCCAACGACAUACAGCGGCAAAAGGAAAUGCGCGCAAGAGGAAGUACCUGAAGUCAAGCGCGCCAGGAUCGAGCGCAACACAGCGCACUCCAAAAGACGACCACGUGUUCUGGACUCAUACCAAGAGUAUGGAACACGGACGGUGCUACCCGGGCUCGAUGGCGAAGAGCAGUUGUCCGACGAGUCUACGAGCGAAGCAUUAGCAUACCUUCACAGUGUCCGGUCCGAAGCAUCAGCGAUUCCCACGUUGCUCGUAGCGCCGAACAAUUUCAACGCCGGUGAUGUUGAUUCAGAUGAUGACGAACCGCACUACACAACUCCUGCGCACAAGCAACGCGUCAUAUAUAAAGAGGGAACUUGGAUUGCUGUGGAUAGAGAACACGAUGCUUCUGAGUGGGAGGAAGACCCGUCCGUUGUUGAUCCUCAACAAGGUUGCAACAACAUGCUCCUUCAGCGCUUUCAGAAUCUCCGCAACAAGCUCGCUGAGAUCCGGAAGCUCAGACAGGUAUCAAAACCAGCAAAGAAGUCUACAUACACAUCAAAGGCUGGAAAGUACCAAUGGUCGGAUAUCAUAGAGAGCAAUUUCCCAAACUUCCAAGAGGUUGCCGAUAUGGAUGAAUCGAUGCUGUAUGUGGCUCUUCAAGGAUGCACGUUAGCUUUGGGACGAUCAGUCAAGAUAUCCCGUCAACAGAGCUGUUGGAUAUGGACUUUGUUAGCCCUGGUCGGAGAUUUCGGAACUUUGGACCAUGAACGCGUCAGCAGGAUCCGGGAUUUGGGACUCAGUGCUGGUCGACUAAUGCGGCGACUCUGCACAGAUGAAGCGAAAUCGACGCGCAAUGUACCAGGAGACGGAGAUACCAGAUCAGACGUCCCCGAUUCCAAUACCCGCAACGAAGAGGUUUCCACGAAAGAAGAGGGAUAUACUCCAAGCUGUGUUCCUGACGAGAAAGAUGUUGUAUCGCACUCUGCUCUUCCGAAGUCGGACGACGUCGUGCUGGCCCAGGACACGGUAACUGAAGAGGCGGAUGAUUCUGGUGCAGAAAUGAUCAUAUCCGAAGACGAAGAACAAACCGAGAGUGUUUUGGAUGACGGAGGUCUUGAAGAAGCUCGGGCACGUCUUCUUGCACAACUCGGCGAUCGCUUGGUACAUUCCCAGAUGCCUGUACCUGAUACGCCGCCAACACAAACCUUCCAACAUCUCUCGCGAGCCGAAGCUGAGAGACAGCGGCAAGAGAUACGCAGAGGAGUGAAUUUAUGCGAUAUGACUCCUGGAAAAACGACACCCGCUUCUGGACCGCCAAAGGCAAGAUCACAGGCCAUGACUCCAUUGACCGAGAGUGACUGGAACACCAAGGUAGCCAUCGACGUGAUUCUGACGGUAGUAGCAGAGUGCUACGGACAGAAAGAUCUGCUAGAAUUCCGAGCAGCAUGGUCCAUGCAGCGCACUUCACCCCACUUUGUCUGCCCCGCGCUCUUCCAAGACGCCCUCCGAUACACUUUCGCAUUCCGCAAAGUCAGCCCAAAACCUAUCCGCCUUCGACUGCUCGCACCCCGCCGCCGCUUCUGCACACAAAAUUCGCUUGUAGGCUUCGACGAUAUGGGCAAAGAAGACAAGAGCAAGUCAUUCAACCUGAAGGUGCCCAAGGGCACACGCGACUGGACCGGCGAGGAUGCCGCACUUCGCGAUCACCUGUUCCAGACCGUGACGGAAGUCUUCAAGCGCCACGGAGCCACGACACUCGAUACGCCUGUCUUCGAACUCAAAGAGAUCCUCAGCGGCAAAUAUGGAGAAGACUCGAAGUUGAUAUACGAUCUACAGGAUCAAGGUGGUGAGCUCUGCUCACUGCGUUACGAUCUUACAGUCCCGCUUGCACGAUGGCUCGCCAUGAACCCUAGUGUGCAGAACUUCAAGAGAUACCAAAUCGCCAAGGUGUACCGACGUGACCAACCGGCAAUGACCAAGGGACGUAUGCGAGAGUUUUACCAGUGCGAUUUCGACAUUGCGGGCUCGUACGACGCCAUGAUUCCCGAUGCGGAAGUCCUCAAGAUCGCAACCGACGUCUUCGAAGCGCUCAAGUGGGACUCAUACACAAUCAAGAUAAAUCACAGGAAGAUCUUGGACGGCAUGUUCAAGGCAGCUGGUGUCAAGGACGAACUGAUACGGCCAAUCAGCUCUGCAGUGGACAAGCUAGACAAACUACCAUGGGCUGAGGUGAAAACAGAGAUGGAGACCAAAGGACUGCCUGCGGACAUUGCGGACAAAAUUGGAGAGUGGGUACAGCGCAAGGGUGGAGACGAUAUCAUCGAGUAUCUCAAGACGAACGAGACUCUCUCCAAAUCAGAAGACGUUAACCAAGGUGUCAAGGAGAUGGAACAGCUCUUCGCAUACCUCGACGCUUUUGGCGCCCGCAAGAAUGUCUCCUUCGAUCUCUCACUCGCUCGCGGUUUAGACUACUACACUGGUCUGAUUUAUGAGGUUGUUACAGAAGGCUCGGCGCCGACUGGGAAAGGCCAAAAACAAGAGAUUGGUGUAGGAAGUAUCGCCGCAGGUGGUCGUUACGACGGGCUGGUGGGCAUGUUCAGCGGCAAACCCAUUCCCUGCGUUGGCAUCUCUUUCGGCAUUGAUCGAAUUAUCAGCAUCAUGAAGGCCCGCGGCCAGUCGACACAACGCGCCAAGGACGUAGAUGUCUUCGUUAUGGCCUUUGGUGGCAAGGGCUUCACCGGCCUAUUGACGGAGCGUAUGCAGGUUGCUCAAGAGCUGUGGGCUGCAGGCAUCAAGGCCGAGUUUUCUUACAAAUUGAAGCCCAAGCUUCCACAACAAUUCAAGCAAGCUGAAACAGCAGGUGUUCCGCUCGCCGUCAUUCUUGGCGAAGACGAACUCAAAGACGGCAAGGUCAAGAUCAAAACCCUCGGAAUCAAGGAUGAGAACGACACUGAGAAGAAUGGUGUACCGGUCGAGCGGAGCAACAUGAUCGACGAGAUUAAGAGGAGGCUACCAAGCGCGGCUUGA